AUGUCUUUAGUAUAUGAUAUCAUAAUAAUUGGUGGUAGUAUUGUAGGAUUAGAAGUUUCUCGUCAGUUGACAUUAAACAGUUAUAAAAAUGUACUAUUAUUAGAAAACUCUUCACAAAUAAUAACUGGAGCAAGUUCUGGUAAUAGUGGAAUAUUGCAUACAGGAUUUGAUACAGUACAUGGAACUUUAGAAUCAAAAUUAGUUAAGCAUGAAUAUGAAUUAUACCAAUCAUUUGCUCAAGAUAUUCCGUUACCAAUUAAAAAAAAUUGGUGCUUAUAUUGUUGCAUGGAAAUCGGAUGA